AUGUUACCAGAAGCUAAGCUUCCGACGGGUUUUCGAUUUCACCCUACUGAUGUUGAGUUGAUAAACUCUCUGGAACGUUACGUGCAUAGGGGAAUUUUACCACCUGAUGGUGAUAUUGAAGUAGCAAAAAUCGGCCACGGCAAAUUUUUGGAGAUUCAAAUUCAAAGGAGAAAACACCGAUUCAAGAAUUCAACUAAGAAAUUUUCAAGGACAGUGGGGAGAGGAACUUGGAAAGACCAAUCAGGUGGUGCACCUAUUAAACAUGGAUCGAAGAAUAUUAUUGUUGGCUUUAGGAGAAGUUUGAAAUAUAAAAGUAAUAUAGUAAAGGAGCAGAAUGAUAAGUGGUUGAUGCAAGAAUAUAUUUUGGCGGAGGAUUAUUUUAAGGAAAGCAAUGAAGAUAUAAUCGUCCUUUGCAAAAUCAAAAACAAAAAAAUGAAUGAGAAAAAAGUGGAUGGUAACGAGAUCAUGGAGGAAGAAGUUGACGAACUAGUCACUUCUUUAUCAGGCACUUCCGAAAAUCAAGAAUUUGAAGCUUAUGGACAAAGACAAGCUAACUAUUUGGCUGCUGGGGUUGAGCAAGAUAUUUAUUAUCAAUAUGCGGAUUAUAGCAACGAUUGGUUCCUAUCAAUGAUUAAUUUCGAAGAAUUACGAGAACAAGAUUUAGGGAUGCAAAUAGAUAAACCAAUAAAGUGA